AUGGUUCAACUUUCGUGUGGUGUUCAAUGCACACGCGCAGCAUUAUUUGCAUUAAAUAUCCUAUUUCUUCUUAUUGGUUUUGGUGUAAUGGGUUUCGGCAUAUAUGUUAAAGUCAAUGGAAAUUUUACUGCUAUCGCUGAAAUUUACGAAGUAUCAGAAGCACUUGGAAAAGAAGCAAUGCAAUGGAUUGCAGUAGGCAUGAUCGUUGUUGGUAUAUUAACUGCAUGUUUAGCUGCAUUUGGUUGUUUAGGUGCUGUUUUACAAAAUCGAGGUUUUCUAUACACAUAUUCAGUUUUUUUGUCACUUAUUAUAUUCUUUGAAUUUGCUGCUGUAAUUGUAACAUUAGUAUUUCGUAAUGAUGUAUGGAAAACAUAUGAUUCUGGUUUCAUGGAAGUAUUUGAUCGCGCUUAUAGUCAAAAUCAAACCGACAUUAUUAAAACUAUUGAAAACUUAGAAGGUAAAUUUCAAUGUUGUGGUGUUAAUGGUCCUUCCGAUUAUAGUAAACAUAGUCGUAAACUUCCCCCAUCAUGUUAUUCGAAUGAAUUAAUCAAACCAACUCCUUAUAGUGAGGGUUGUGCUCAAGCUGUUGCUAUUUGGGUAUGGAAUAAAUUACCAAUUAUAGCUGGAGUGUUAGGAACGAUAUUAUUUAUUGAAUUAUUUGGUGUCAUAUCAGCAAUUGUACUUGGUGUAGCCAUAUCUCAUUCAUCCAAUGCAGCAUACUAUAUUAAAUUUGAAAACUAA